AUGUCAAAUCUAGAAAUUCAAUUAACAAAAGCUAAACUCGAACGUUUAGAAAAAGAGUAUCAACAAGUUAAUCUAGUGAAUCUAGAAUUAUCAUCAAUAAGACCUAAUGCUUCGAUAUAUCAAAAGAAAACGAAUACGAACGUAUUAUUUUUCGUGGAAAACAAAAAAGAACUUAAAACCAGCAAAAAAAUAGCUUCUCUCGGAAAGAAAAUAUUUGUAUUAGGAAUUGCCAAAGUAUGUUCGUUAGCUGAAUACCAAGUACAGAUGUAUGGUAUUCCACGUGUUUAUCGAAGAGCGUUGGAAAUAAAUAAAAAAGUAUUUAAGAAUCCCGAAACGAGAAACAUAACAGCAAAUUUAGUGAAACGAGGAUUUCUAUUACCAAAUACAAUAUCUGUUAGGUUAGGUAUGAUACCACAACGGCCUAUCAAAACUUUCCCGUCAUCAUCGUCAGCAAUUACAAAUAAUACUAGCAAAAGCAGCACUGUUACCACACCUUAUACACCAUCUAGAUUGAUUACACCUAAUCAUCCCAACCUUCCCAUUGGAUCCAUAAAGAAUCCAACCACACAAACCAUGACCACCACCACACCUACACCCACACCCACAUCUUCAACGGACAGCUCAGCUUCUUCCACAUCUCAAAAAUGA